AUGAAGCUCCAUUCGUUUCCAUUACUGUUUUCUGGACUCGCUUUUGUAAUUGAUGUCGAGUGCGCAGUCAUUGGUCAGCAAAUUCUAUCUUAUGGUUCUAAUUACCGUUAUUCCCUUGAAGGGCUCGAUAGUGCUCUCCAGGACGAUGUGAAUUUCAUUUGGAGUUCUUUGGAGCAACGCCUUGGUACACAAGGGCUCAAAAAAGUCAUUGAAAACUAUGAAACAAGUGUUUGUCCAAUAACUAGCUCAUUUCCAACUGAUAUCAAAAGCGACUCUGACAGUGUGGAGACUAUCAGUCUUGAAAGCUUGCCGGAAUAUCAACUGAGAUUGCAUACAAAAAAACGGAGCAACCCACUGAGUCUAGGAGUGGAUACUGUUAAGCAGUAUACGGGAUACUUCGAUAUCAACGAUGAUGAUAAGCAUCUCUUUUAUUGGUUCUUUGAAAGUAGGAACGAUCCUGCCACCGACCCUGUGAUUCUUUGGUUAAAUGGAGGUCCUGGCUGCAGCUCAAUGACAGGCUGUUUAUUUGAGCUCGGACCAGCUUCACUCAAUGGAACCACACUUACUCCGAUACACAAUCCCUAUUCUUGGAACAACAAUGCGUCGGUAAUCUUUCUUGAACAGCCUGUUGGCGUUGGCUACUCGUACAGUACGAGAUCCUCUGUUUCAAGCACCAAGGUCGCAGCUAGAGAUGUUUAUUCCUUUCUGGAGCUAUUUUUUACAAAGUUCAGACAAUUCGUGAAUAAUGAUUUUCAUAUCGCUGGCGAGUCUUACGCUGGUCACUACAUUCCAAAUAUUGCCAAAGAGAUUCUUGAUCGCAAGAAUAAGUCUUACGAACUCACCUCUAUUAUGAUUGGUAAUGGCAUUACUGAUCCAUUGAUCCAAUAUGGGUGGUAUGGUCCAAUGGCUUGCAAUGCAUCGUUAUCGGGCUACAAACAAAUUCUCUCAGACAGCGACUGCAUGAAAAUUGAUGAGAUGUACUCUCGCUGCAAGAGAUUGAUCAGUGCAUGCUAUAGGACUCUUUCUACUGUUACUUGCCUGCCGGCAAAUCUUUACUGUGAACGUAUCUUGGAACCGUUCGAGGAGACAGGGCUCAAUGUAUAUGAUAUUCGUGGUCCUUGUGAAACUCAAGAUGGAAACUGCUACCUCGGAAUGGACUAUAUUGACAGGUAUAUGAAUCUUCCUGAAGUUAAAGAUGCACUGGGUGCGGAAGUAGAUUCCUACAGCGGUUGUGAUGAUGAUGUUUUCCGGCAAUUCAUUUUGACAGGAGAUGAAACAAAACCGUUUCAGCAAUAUGUGGCCCAAGUUUUAGAUGCUGGUCUUCCGGUUCUUAUUUAUGCAGGAGACAAAGACUACAUUUGCAACUGGCUCGGAAAUCUGGCCUGGACCGAAGCAUUGGAAUGGGAAGAGAGCAUCUCUUACCAGAAAGCGGAAUUUAAGAAAUGGUAUACAGAAAUUGAAGGCCUUCCUGCAGGAGAGGUCAAGACCAACGGACGCCUGACGUUUGCCCGGGUUUACGAUGCAGGACACAUGGUUCCGCACGAUCAACCACAAGUUGCUCUCGAUAUGGUUAACAGGUGGAUUACUGGAGAUAUAUCAUACAACCGCUGA